AAGAACAAGCUAGAAAGCAGGAAGCAGGCGGAGCAAAUCAAUACCCAGAACUUUGAGCCUUUUAGCAGUCCUCAAAUGCAGCAUUUUGGAUAUCAAGGUGUUGAAGGAGCAACGGCGAACCCUCUAGAAGGGGAUUCGGUAGCUACCCUUUUGAUUCGGCAUCUUCCUGAGGCCAUUCCUCCUGAAACCCUUUUGCGGCUUUUCUCUCACUAUGGUGCAUCCGCUGUUCGUCCUUGCUCGAGUGGAAAGUUAAGAAACUGUGCGUUUGUGGAUUUCAAAAAUGAAGCAUUGGCUUCUCAAGCACACCGUCAAUUAAACGGCCUGAGGUUUCUUGGUAAAGUCUUGUUAGUGGAGAGAGCUAGUAAGCCAACCGAACAUAAUAAACCUCAGCAAACUACUGGAGUUCAGCUUGGAAAGGAUUUUUCACAAUCUGCAUCUUUGCUGAAAGAUGCCAACUUGACUAGAGACCCGAAUCUAGGUUCAAGAUUGGGAUCAAUACCUUCUAGUGAACCCAUUGCUCCUAGACUCGGUGUAGAUUAUCCAUUUCCUCCUCACCUUGAAUAUGCCUACCCUCCACUGGAUGGAAAUAUUUUGACCAAUAUUGUUAAUGCUCUUAUUGCCGUUCCUCGCUUCUAUACCCAGGUGUUGCACCUAAUGAAUAAAAUGCAUAUUCCAGCUCCAUUUCGUAUGGCUUUGCCCACACCGCCUCUGCCACCUCCAGUGCCUGCACCGCAGCCACCACCCCCACCUCCUGUUUCCUCACCUGCAAAGCCUCAUUUGGAAGAUGCAUCUUCUAGUGAAUCUGAAAUGGAGUCUUCAGAUGAGGAGGCCAAUGAUAAAGGUGCUCCAAAAUCUGCAAGGAAGCGUGCAAGGCGAGAAGCUAUUGUGGGCCCUGCAAUUGAUAAAAGUGUAGCUCAUGAAGCUGUUGGAGUGAAACCUGCCACCCUGAUCCCAAAAGAAAUCCCGUUGAUAAAGAAGAAGAACCCUUUUCUACAGAUCAAAAUUGCCCCCAAACAGAUUCCAAAUGAGCAGAAAGAUGCUGAUGCUGAUGAUGACCAUAAACAGAUUCUAGAGGAACCUAAUGAGGAGGGUAUAGAUGCCAAACAAUUUGCUACUGCAGAUGAGCUGGAAAAGGGGAAGCUGCCACCAGAAGAAAUCUUGUCCCUUCCAAUGUUUAAGAACUAUACAGCUGGUAAUCCUGCUUCUGUGCUGUAUAUAAAGAACUUGGCAAAGGAUGUUGUUCCUGAAGAUUUCUACUUCAUCUUUGGAUCAUUAUUUGGAAGCAUUGAUGCUGCUAAAUCCAGUCUUAAUGUGAAGCUAAUGCAGGAGGGAAGGAUGAGGGGUCAAGCUUUUGUGACUUUUCCAUCAGUUGAACUUGCCCAUCAUGCUUUGAACCUCGUAAACGGUUAUGUAUUUAAAGGCAAGCCAAUAAUUGUCCAGUUUGGUCGGAAUCCCGCCGCUUCAAAAACAAAUUAAAUUGAUAUGAGGCGACAGAGCAAGCUCCAUAUAUCAACUGUGUGGUGCACAUUGGUGAUUAAGCCCUGUGUUAUUAAGCAAGGCGGUCUUACCUUCAUAAUUUUGUAAUCCCAAGGCCGCAUUAAGCGGAGAUGUUUUGCUAGGUUUUUUGAAACGAGUCUCUUGUGACUAAAGUUCUCACAGGGAUAUUUACUUGGCUGGCCUUGAAGGUUCACAUCAAAUGUGUCAUGUCAAUGGUAAAAAGAUAGCAAAGUCGAACAGGGUCUUACCAACUUGCUGCUACAGUGCUUAUGUAAAUCUUCAUCAUCAUUCCUAAGCUCUAAUGUAAGUGAAGCCGUUGCGUUGCCCUUGCAGUUUUUCUGUCCAUCAUAAACUGGGCACAAGCAUGCUGGUGAUUGAUUGGAAAUAGAAAAUUUUAGGCUUGUUACUCUUGAUUGUGUUGAGUUUUGUAAUCUCAGUUUCCCCAUA